AUGAAGAAACUUUUGAAAGACUUUUGGCUUUUAGGCAAUCUCCAUCUCAGACUAGGCCGCAGAAGUCGAAUCGAACUGUCUCGCAGAAUGGAGUAUUUAAAAAUUCUGGUAACUUCUGAAUUUCAACGUAAACCACGGUCCGUAGCGUUUAUAGCAAAGUGGAAGGCCACCGAGUUUAGAUUUUUUCUAUUAUAUUGUGGAGUUGUAGUCUUGAAGGGUAUUUUGAACAAUAGACUAUAUAAACAUUUUUUAUUAUUUCAUGCGGCAUGCAGAAUUUUAUGCUGCGAAGAUCUAGCCCUCAGGUACAACAGGUUUGCAAAGAAGUAUCUCAGAAGUUUUUUCUUAGUUAUGCGCCAAUAUUAUGGCCCAGAUUCGCAAAUCAUGAACCUUCAUAACUUAAUUCAUAUGGCCGAUGAUGCUAAGAACAUGAAGUGCUCCCUUACAAAGAUAACUACAUUUCCUUUUGAAAAUGCACUCGGUCACAUAAAAAAGUUAGUCCAUUCGCCAAAUCGACCAUUGGCUCAAAUCUGUCGCCGCUUGAAUGAGAAAUUUUCGAUAAAAAAUCAUAAAGCAACUCUACCCCAGUAUGUAGAGAUACUCAAGGAGAAUAGUGAUAUCCCAAAUUGUAGGAUGAAUCACAAAGCGAUAUCGAAACUGAAAUUCAAAGGGAAAUAUAUACUUUCGGUCAAGGCUCCCGAUAAUGUAGUUCUUCUUAAAAAUGGCACUAUUCUCGAAAUAAAUCUUAUGUCGUACCCUGAUGACAAUCUAGAAGACGUGACAAUUAUUGGAAAAAAAUGGAAAAUCAAAGAGUCGCUGUAUAUGUAUCCGUGUGAUUCGAGAGUGCUGGAAGAAUGGGUGCUUGAAGACAGAUCAUCUGCAACUACAAUUACGUGCCCUAUUGAUCAAAUCAAACACAAAAUGAUAAUAUUACGUUUGCCUGGAAGAGAGAAAACAUAUGGAAUAUCUCUAUUACAUUAAUUUAACACAGGGCGAGUGUCACAAGGUGUAAUGCGCAAGCUUAUUUUCACGAAUAAUAUAUGUAUAAAUAUACAUAUAUAUUAUAUAUGUAUAAUACAUAUAUCAAUAUUAUUCGUUUGAGUAUGGGAAGACCGUCAAUCAAUUGCCG